AUGUACAGGCUGUAUGAGAAGUACAACAGAGAUCUGAAACGACUCAGAGAGGGAAACACUGUCAGGAGUUUCAGAGCCAGCCAAGACUCGUCUGACCAGAGGACGUUUUACCAUCUGAACCUGACGUCUCUCCAGGACUCGGAGCGCAUCCUCUCUGCCAGGUUUCACUUCUUGUUCGACCGGUGCCCACGGCCAAGGGCCUGGUUCAGCAAACGCUACAAAAUCCCGGCCUGUCGCUCUCUACACCUCCACCCUGCUCCCUCCAUCCACCUCUUCCUUCACUCCAACCCCUCUGGGUCAGGGUUCAAUCCAAGGUCGCAGGCGUCAUUGCUAGGCAACGUGACAUUUCACCCUAACCAGAGAGUGUUGUGGCAGAUGCAGGACGUGACUGUGGCGAUAAAGGAGGCCAGGGAAAAAGGCAGCCAUUUGGUGUCGGUGGAGCUGGACUUUGGGCUGCAGUACCACAGACAGCCAGAGGACAUGCUGUCGGGGGCCAGUCUACCUUAUUUGUUGAUGUAUGCAGACGACCAUGCGCUAGAUGAGCCCAACAGUGUGGCACAGACUUUACAGAGGUAUGGCCCUGAGGCUGAGGUGAAGGAAAAUACUUCUCGCCCUUCUCUUCUUCCCCCUAAGCAGGGGUCAAAGGGUCGUGUGAGAAGGGGGGUACCAUCCCGUCCAGACUCCAUCCAGAACAACGAGCUACCAGAGGUGGAGUACAGGCCUAGCGGAUCCAGGAAAGAGUACCUGUUUGAAACCGCCACCCUGAAACCUAUCAAUCCCAAGCCUGGGAGGAAGGAGAGGACGAGGAACGGCCAGGGCGGAGAGGAAGAAGUCAAAGAUGGAGAGAGGGAUAGAGGGAGUCAAUCGCCAGUUCUGAGCUUGGACGAGAGGACCCCAACGACGAGCAGCGAUGGCGGGAGUAGGUUGCAAGACAACAGUGAGGGAAGGAGUGAUGGAAGAAACGAUAGAGGGAAAGCAGGAGGAAGUAAGUCUCCAAUGCUGAGUUUUGAUGAGUGGACAAUGCGUAAGGCGAAGAAGAGACAGCGGGGAUCGGAGGCCCAGAUUAGGAGCUGCUCUAGGAGGACACUCAGGGUGGACUUUGCCGACAUCGGCUGGAGUGAGUGGGUCCUGGCGCCUAAAGCCUUCGAUGCCUACUACUGCGCUGGAGCCUGUGGAUUCCCCAUGCCCAAGGUGCUGCAUCCCUCUAACCAUGCAACCAUCCAGAGUAUAGUCCGUGCGGUUGGGAUAGUUCCAGGGGUCCCAGAGCCCUGCUGUGUCCCAGAGAAGAUGAGCCCUCUGGUGGUUCUCUACCAGGACGAGGGAGUGAACCUGGUGCUCAAGGUCUACCCCAGCAUGUCGGUGGAGAGCUGUGCCUGCAGAUAG